ACAACAGCGCCUACAGCAAUAAACUUCACCAAGAAACAAACUAAUACCAUUCAUUCAUUUAUUCCAACUACAUAGGAAUUCCUUUUAUGUCUGAUAAAGGACCUGCUCGUACAUCCUCGGUUCCUUCCAUUGUAGAUGCUACACCAGAUCGUGCUGAAAGACCUCGGAAACAAGUUCGUCAGGUAGUAACAACUCCAAGUCGAUCUGAGGAUCCGUCUCGUAUUGUGAAAUUGGAGCAGACGCCUUCCCAAGGGUUUCACAGCGAGUUUUUAAAAAAACGCAUCACAGACUCCUUACGCGAGCGUCCCAAUCUUUUAAACAAAUUCAUCUCAGCUAACCAGGAAACACCUUCGAAGCCUUCGGCUCCCAAUUCGUUAAAUUCGAGUAAUGCAGAAGAUUCUUCUCUUAUUGAAGAUACGAUAACUGAACAAGAAAACCCUGACAUACUUGCUCCAAGGCUUGUUGUAUACCAACUAACUCUGAAAAAUUUUAAAUCUUAUGCAGGAACACAAAUAAUAGGGCCAUUUCAUCCUUCUUUUUCUUCCAUUGUUGGACCAAAUGGAUCUGGUAAAUCAAAUGUGAUUGAUGCUUUGCUUUUUGUGUUCGGAUUUCGUGCUAGUAAACUGCGUCAAACCAAAGCUUCAGCUUUAAUUCACAAAUCUGCUGCUCAUCCUUCUCUUGAGAGCUGCGAUGUGGAAAUUUUAUUUAAAGAAGUAAAUCCGGAUUCUAGUUACAUAGAAGGUUCAGAACUUUCUAUUAGAAGGUCCGCUUACAAGAAUAAUGUAAGCAAAUACUUUCUAAACAACGUUGAGAGUUCUUUUUCAACUAUUUCAAAUAUGCUUAAAGAACGAGGAGUGGAUCUGAACCACAAACGUUUUCUGAUUCUACAAGGUGAAGUAGAAUCUAUCGCACAAAUGAAACCAAAGGCAUUAACGGAAAGUGAUGAUGGUUUGCUUGAAUAUUUGGAAGACAUUAUAGGUACCUCAAGGUACAAACCCAUCAUUGAAGAAAAAAUCAAUGAAUUGACUGCUUUAAAUGAUACCUGUAACGAAAAGGAGAACCGUUUUCAAUUAGUCGUCGCUGAGAAAAACAAAUUGGAAAGUUCUAAAAACGUCGUCCUCGAUAUCUUGAGGGAUGAGAAUAAUCUAAAUAGGAAGCUGCAUACUCUUUAUCAGCUGAACCUAUUUGAAUUAAAUUCAAAGAGAAAUCUAAUAACGAACAUGUUACAAAAACUGGAAGAUUCAUACAAAUCUAAAAAUGACAACUUCAACGAAAACGAGAAAGUCGUUGCACAAAUGGUUGAAGAGCUUAAUCAGCUUAAGUCUAAAGCUCAAGAAUUUAAGAAUUCAAAUCGUGCGGAAAAAAGAGAACGUCAACGAUAUGAACAACAGGCGGUUAAGAUUGAAGAAAAGUGGAAGCAUUUAUCUUCCAAGCAGAAAAAGAACCAAAAACAGCUUGAAACUUUAUCAGCAAAAAAAUCAGAGCUUGAAUAUUCUUUAGAUACUCAUGGUGACCUUCAUCAUCGUUUAACACAAGAAAUGGAGGAAAUUGUGUCCAAACUGUCUGCUGAAGAAGACGAACUCAACAAAAUCCGAGAAUCUCUUCGUGGAAAGACUGAAGGAAUUUCAAAUGCAAUUGAGGAAAAGCAGAAAUUGAUGGCUCCUUCCGAAAAGAAAAUCAAUGAGCUAAAUUCAGUGAAACAGGUCACAAAGGCAGAGCUAGAUAUGUUAUUAGAACAAGAAAAGAACUCAGAUGAAGAACAGCAAAAGGCUAAAAGUUCUCUAGAAAAGUUACUGGCAGAACAAAAGGAGAAAACGCAGCUUCUUAACUCAAAGAAGACUCACCACCAUUCCAUAAAAAAGGAAUCCCAAAAUCUUGCAAGAAACGUCUCUGAUUUGAAACAGAAAAAAAAUGAAUUACAUCGUAUCAUUGCUCAAAGUCGUGUAAAGCUUGAGGAAAUUAGAUCUACUCUUAGCUCUUCACGUUCAAGAGGAAAUGUCUUAGGAGGACUACAGACCUUGCAUGACUCUGGUCAGUUGACAGGGUUUCAUGGACGACUAGGAGAUCUAGCUACAAUCGAUAGUAAGUAUGAUGUCGCUAUAUCCACAGCCUGUCCUGCAUUAAAUCACAUAGUGGUCGAUAAUUUGGAAGUCGGCCAAAAAUGCAUAGCCUUUCUGAGGUCCAAUAAUUUAGGAAGAUCUAGUUUUAUAGUUUUGGGUGCAUUACAAGAAAAGAACUUGAAACCUAUACAAACUCCUGAGAAUGUUCCAAGAUUAUUCGAUUUACUUCAUUAUAAAGACAACAUUUUUGCUCCUGCUUUCUUUAGUGUAUUGCAAAACACUCUUGUUGCUGAUAAUUUGGAACAGGCUAACAGGAUUGCGUUUGGUAAGACACGUUGGAGGGUUGUCACUCUUAACGGGCAGCUAAUUGAUAAGUCUGGUACCAUGACUGGUGGUGGCACGCGAGUAAAGCAGGGUGGUAUGGCUUCUCAGCUACCUGCAGAAAUAUCUCCAGUUGCCCUUAACAACAUAGAGACUCAGACUACUGAUGCGGAAAAUCGACACCGACAAGUAUCUGAACAAUUACAAGCUCUUUUGGAGAAGAGUGACAUUUUAAAAAAUGAAAUUCCAUCCUUAGAAUUGGAGAUAUCCAAGCUUCAUCUAGAUUUAUCCGCAUUCAAUAACUUGGUUGAAGGGGCAAGAAACCAAGUUUCUAAUAGCCGUAUGGCUUCAAAAGAUGAACGGAGCUUACAGGAUAGAAAGCAAAAGCUUACUUCAGAUUUGAAGAAACUUCAGCAACAAAUAGAUAGCAUUAAUGAUUCAAAUGCUGGAGUUGUUGCUGAAGUGAGAGAACUUCAGGAUAAAAUUAUGCAAAUUGGUGGUAUCAAGUAUCGCAUACAAAAGUCUAAGGUUGACGAUCUACACGAACAGCAUAAAUUUGUUAAGGAAAAAAUAACAAAUAUCAAUUUUGAGAAGAGAAAAAAUGAACAACGUGUCCAUUCAAUUGCACAAGAGCUGGAGUCGUUACAAUCUGAUAUUUCUAUAACAGAAAAGGACAUAAAGAUGAAUGAGGAUGAAUUGAGUUCACUCCGCCAGAAAACAAAGGAAUAUACCGGUAAAAUUGAUAAACUAAGUAAUAUGAUUCAUGAUAUAGAUGAUUCAAUUAAUGAGCUUAAUAGCCGGGUUGAAUUCGAAUCUAAAGAGAUAAAUUCCAUGAAAGCCGAAAGGUUAGAUCUUGAGAACAAAUUGACCGAACAAAAAAGCGCUCAUACCGACGUUUUGAACUCCGAGAAGAAAAUACGAAAAUUGCUUUCGGAAUUACUACUGCAUGACUUGAGAGAAUACGAUCAAUCCGAAACACAGGCUCCUGAGUUUCAGGAAUUUUCGGAAGACGAGCUUGCCUCCCUAAAUAAACAAUCAUUGUACGAUGGCAUAUCUGAAUUUAAGAAGAAAACAGAAGAGAAAGAAGUAGAUGUUGGUGUUCUACAGUCUUAUUUGAAAUGUACAAAAGAUGCUGAGAAAAAAGCGAUAGACUUUGAAGCUGAGACCCAAAAGAGGAAUAACGUAAAGCAAACUGUUACAGACUUACAAACGCAAAGAUUGGAUGAAUUUAUGGAAGGUUUCAACAUUAUUUCUCAGAAAUUGAAAGCUAUGUAUCAAAUCAUCACUAUGGGUGGUAAUGCUGAACUUGAACUCGUUGACAGUUUGGAUCCAUUUUCUGAAGGCGUCUUAUUUAGUAUUAUGCCACCUAAAAAAUCUUGGAAAAAUAUCUCAAAUUUGUCUGGUGGUGAAAAAACAUUAAGCUCACUAGCUCUAGUAUUUGCUUUACAUAGCUAUAAGCCGACUCCCUUGUACGUUAUGGAUGAAAUUGAUGCUGCUCUCGACUUCAAAAAUGUGUCAAUCGUGGCCAAUUACAUUAAAGAAAGGACGAAAAAUGCUCAGUUUAUUGUCAUAUCGUUGCGAAGCAAUAUGUUUGAAUUGUCAUCACGCUUGGUUGGCAUCUACAAAACGGCGAACAUGACAAAGAGUGUAACAAUUAACAACCGAGAUCUACAAAUGAACGCUGAGAAAGAUGUGGAUCAUUCGGCUCUACAAGUCAACUAAAUUAACUACUGCGAGCUUACACUUCUUAAAAACGUACUGCUGUAAAGAAUGUAUUUUUAUAUAUAAUAUCAGAUUAUUAAGGAUUUUCAUAGUAAAACUACUCAUUAGAUUAUAUUCGUAAGCCCGUAAAUGUUCCGUAAUUAUAAAUAUUUAAAAAACGU